AUGGGCUCCGGCUCCGGCUCCAGAGAGGAGUGGGUGCUCAGCCACGGCGACGUGGAGCUCAUCCGCUCCGACCUCGCCAUCCUCCGCGGGCCCCGCUUCAUCAACGACCGCAUCAUCGCCCUUCUACUUCGCCCACCUCUCCGCCGGCCUCUACAGAGACGACCUCUACCUCCUCUCCAACCUGCCCGACCCGGACUCCGUCGCCGCCGUCGCCGACCCGCUCCGCCUCGCCUCCCGCCGCCUCGUCCUGCUCCCCGUCAACGACAACCCCGACGCCUCCGUCGCCGAGGGCGGCUCCCACUGGACCCUCCUCGUCCUCGACAGCGCCACCAGCCCCUCCGCGCCCCGCUUCGUCCACCACGACAGCCUCCGCGGCGCGCCCAACCUCCCCAUCGCCGAGCCCGCCUCGCCGACGUGCUCCGCCCCCUGCUGCAAGGGCAAGGCAGUGUUUCGGGCACAGUUCCGCUCGUCCAGGGGCACACACCGAGGCAGACCAACGGCUACGACUGCGGCGUCUACGUCAUGGCCAUCGUCAGGGCCAUCUGCGCCUGGUGGAACGACGCCCAGGACCACCGGGGACGGGGAGGGGAUUGGCUCGAGGCGGUGAGGAGGGAGGUGGACGCCCGCAGCGUCAAGGCCAUGAGGACCGACCUGCUGCAACUAAUCAACACCCUCAUCCAAGAGAAGGCCAAGCCCAAUUCCACAUCUGAGGGAGACACUGACUGA